UAGUAACUUUCAAUGAUCAAGAGGACGGCCCCUCUAUUGACUGUCCUCCUUUUACACCUUUCACCUUUCGCUGCAGUCUCUUUCAAAAGAAUCCUCUCUCCCUCCUCCUCUCUAUAAUAAACAAACCCCCUCAGAUCCCCAAUCUCUCUCCUCUCCCAAGACCCAAACCCAAACCCUAACCCUAACCCUAACCCUAGCCAUGUCCUCUUCCUCCUCCUUCCGCUACGGCGACAGCCUCACAAUCCUAGUCAUCUCCAUCUGCACCGCCGCCCUCUGCGAGCUCAUCUCGUGGCUCCUCAUCUACCGAACCUCCACCUACAAAUCCCUCCGCUCCUCCAUCGACAAGGCCUCCAAAAAACUCGACUCCAUGAAAUCCUCCUCCUCCUCCUCCUCCUCCCAAACCCUAACCCAGGCCAACAACCCCCUCCCCCUCUCCAAAAGGUCCAACAAAUCCAAAAAGAUCGAUCGGGUCGAAUCCAGCCUCAAAGAAUCCACCCGCGAUCUCUCCCUCUCUAAGUUCAAAUCCGGCGCCGUCGUUGCCGUUGUCUUGUUCGUGGUGUUUGGAUUGCUGAAUUCGAUGUUCGAAGGCCGGGCGGUGGCGAAACUGCCGUUCUCGCCGGUGUCGUUGGUGCUGAAGAUGAGCCACCGCGGGCUGCCGGGUGGGGACCCGACGGAUUGCUCGAUGGCGUUCUUGUAUUUCUUGUGCUCGAUUAGUAUUAGGACGAAUCUGCAGAAGUUUUUGGGGUUCUCGCCGCCGAGGGGAGCUGCUGGGGCCGGGUUGUUCCCGAUGUCCGAUCCUAAGAUCAACUGAAUCAAAUGAUUGUGUUAAUGUGCAAGACAGUAGGUCUUUUUCCAAUCAAAGGUUUGGGAGUUUUUGAGGACCCAAGGAGCUUUCAAAUUAGAGAAGAAAUAGGAAGCAUGCCCCCUCUUUUUUAUUUAGUUGACAAUUGUGUCUCUGACAAUUAUAUACAAUAGUUUCUUUGCAUUAUUAAGAGCAAAGUAUUAAUGGAACUCUUGUUUUUUCCCCUAUGAGAAAUGUUAAAUGUUUAAAUGCUUCAGCACAACUACUUCAUAAGUUGAGAUUUGUACUUCUUGAUU